AUGCUGAAGAUAUGGUCUAUGCAGGCUGAGACCGCUCAAGCCGGGCAAAAGAAGAAAAAAGUCACAGCUGCCCAGCUUAGGGUGCAGAAAGACUUGUCGGAACUGUCGCUAGGGUCUACGAUGCGGACUGAAUUCCCAAACCCUGACGAUAUCCUCAACUUCAAUCUCAUUAUCGAUCCGGACGAGGGAAUGUACAAAGGAGGGAGCUUCUUAUUCCACUUCGCUAUCAAUCAGAACUUUCCACACGACCCCCCGAAAGUCAAGUGUACACAGACAAUAUACCAUCCUAACAUUGAUCUGGAAGGCAACGUCUGCCUGAACAUUCUGAGGGAGGACUGGAAGCCAGUUCUAAACCUGAAUGCCGUUAUUGUUGGUCUACAGUUUCUCUUCCUCGAACCGAACGCAUCAGACCCGCUUAACAAAGAGGCUGCAGAAGAUCUCAAAUCAAACCGAGAGGGCUUCAAACGAAAUGUCCGUACUUCCAUGGGAGGAGGCUCCAUCAGGGGACAGACUUUCGCUAGGGUGCUGAAAUAA